AUGCCGCGCCCCAAGAGACCCGAUCAGGAUGGAAAAGAGGUCAAGAAACGCUCCAGGAACGGCUGUUGGCCUUGCAAGUCCCGGAAAGUGAAAUGUGGAGAGGAGAAGCCGACAUGCACCAAUUGUCAACGACAAGGCGAAACCUGCGACUAUAGUAUUCGAUUGAACUGGGAUGGUCGGAGUAAGAAGAAAGACGAUGGCAAGCUGGGCGUGCAGGUGAUAUCCUUCGGCGGCCCGCAACCUAUAUCGCAGCCUGUGUCGAACGGUCACUCCAACGGUCACCACGAGCAGAGUCGCAACGGUCAGAUCUCUCCUCCUAGAGCGUCCUACCAUCAACCACGCCCUCCAUCAAUCUACAACACCCAUCCGCCUGCGCUCGAGUUGGCGCCCGCCCCGGCUGUCAAUUAUGCAAACAAUAUCAUUCUAUCAUCGUCCGAUUUCAAUCCCGCCAUACUGCCCCCUCCGCCUAUACUAAAUACUCCGCAUUGGGGCGACAAUGGACACCACUCCUCCCUUCAGGAGCAGAUCUCGAUGCCUCCCUUGCGACAUAACCUGUCUGUUCCGCCAUACCCUUCCCCUUCGGAGUCGGCCUUUGGCAGUCCCAACCUCAACAACGGGAUGUACAACCUCGGGAAUGGACCGCCUACACAAAUGCCUCCACCCAUGCCAACGUCAAAUCCUAUGAGCUAUCAUGAAUCCGUGGAUUCACCGUACAACAGUGCAAAGAGAAUGAAAUUAAGUCCGCGGACAGAUGGGUUUGGAAGGACUUUGAAUUACCAGAGGGCGGGCUCCUACGGUCCCAACGAUGCAGAGGAGCCAACACGAGUUCACUUCAACCCCAACACCCCUACAUUCUUCCCGUCUUAUCUAAGCAAUCCAUUGACCCCGGCGACCUCCGCGACAUCACAACUUUCACAGGACACCGAGGACCGGCGCAUCUCUGUGAGCUCUUUGCUGUCAGAGGAUCCCGAGCCGGAAGAUCUGAAACCUCCCCACCAGAAAGACCGAAACUAUCAUGAAGAGGAACAAAUUCCCAGACGGGGGUCGCUUCAUCAGAGGAUGGUAUCGUAUUCCGAGACCGAGACAUAUGGUCAUGAUCGGGGUAAUGUUGACCUGGAUAUUCCUCGAAACAAUGACACCAUGGCCAUUUCCGGUAUGUCUCCAUUGUCGGAGCACAGUGCUUUUGAGUCGUGGUUGCACGACUCUGAUCUCGGAGUACCCGAGUUUGGGUUCGGUCUUGCAAGUCGAGACACUGUCUUUGCGAAAGGGGGAUACUACGCUGCCCCGGUCCCGAUCAAAAUUCCCCGGAAGUUGGAACCAUUACCGCGCACGCUGUCCGAGAACCCGAUGAAUCUACUGUAUUUCCACCAUUUUCUCAACCAUACCGCUAGGAUUCUUGUCCCGCAUGAUUGUCCGGAGAACCCGUUCAAAACAAUCCUGCCCAAGAUGGCGGUGGACAAUCCGAAUCUUCUCAAUCUGCUACUCGCCUACUCAGCAUGUCACCGAGCGAGACUGUUGAAUCACCCGGAACCGGCCAAUCGCAUCGCUCUAUGGGUGCGCGACGUCUUUCCCUCACUGCGGCAGACCCUGGACAACGUGUCCAGCAGCGAGGUUUCCGAGGCGAAUCUGGCCACUGCCAUCCUGCUAGCCUCUCUCGAGAUCAUUUCUCCCUCCAGCUUUGGGGUGUCGAUACCGUGGCAGAACCAUCUGAGUAUUGCCCGGAGCAUUAUUCGAUCUCGAGGCGGGCCCAACUCGAUUUCGCGCAAAGAUCCAGUCAUGUAUUUUCUGACCCGGUGGCUGGCCUACCUCGACGUGAUGGGGUCAUUAUCUGGCCGACGUAACGAAGAGCCUCUUUUUGCUGGCAACUACUGGUCGAGUUCUCACGAGGAGGGCACUUCGGCCAAGGAGUUGUCGCUGACGGAUGAAGAUGGCGACGAUGACGACGACUACACGAUCGAUUGUUUACUCGGGUUCACCACCCGAUGUGUUUCGAUCCUCGCGCAAGUGGCUCUGUUAGCUCGACAGUGCGAGAUUGGUGGCAGGAUCGACCCGGAGACAGGACGCAUCAACGAAUCCUGGAGACCGUCGAUGGAGACACUGAAAAAGGCGGAGAAACUGCGUCUUGACCUCGAACAGGCGCGCAACCAUGAGCAAAUCCAAUGUUCACACCAUAGCCCCGAACUCACCAAGGCGCAGUUGGUGGGUUCUCGGCGGAACUCGGCCUACCUCGAAAUGUCGGAGAAAGACGCAGAAGAAUCGCUGGCGACCAAUUCUGCAUUUCACUGGGCCGGGCUGGUGCAUUUGCUGCGCCGAAUCCACAAUCUGCCUCGCACGGAUCCGGACGUGCAGAAGGCCGUCCAUGAGAUUAUCAAGAUUCUGCAGACAAUCCGGGAGGGCGGUAGCGCUGAAGCUUGUCUGCUGUUCCCCAUGUUCACGGCUGGUGUCGAAGCGGAAGACCCCAUGGACCGAGCGGAAGUGUUGAGCCACAUCAAGGGCGCCGAAGGAUUGGGGUUGUGUCAAGUCAGUCGAGCUCGCAAGAUCAUGGAAGAAGUGUGGAGGACAGGAGUGAGCUGGGAGACACUGGUCACUGGAGAGUUUUUGGGCUGA